AUGCUGCUCAUCCUAUGCAUCUGCCUUCUCUGGCUGCCCACCAGUGGCCUCUGGGGCAUCCAGGCUGAGGACCCCAACCCUGAAGUAGACACAAGACGUCCUCACCGGAGCCUGGCCCCAACCAAUGUUGACUUUGCUUUCCGCCUGUUUAAGCACCUGGUAACCUUGACUCCCAACAACAGCAUCUUCAUCUCCCCUGUGACUGUCUCCAUGUCAUUGGCCAUGCUGUCCCUGGGGGCUGGGAGCUCGAUGAGGACCCAGCUUCUCCAGGGUCUGGGCUUUGACCUCACCAAGGUGCCUGAAGCUGAGAUCCACCAGGACUUUCAGCACCUCCAGUACCUCCUGGAGAAGCCGAACACCCGCUUGGAGAUGGUCCUAGGCAAUACCUUGUUCUUGGACCAACGUCUGAAGGCCCUGGAGUCCUUCUCAGCAGGUACCAAGCGCUACUAUAAGUCAGAGGUCUUGGCUAUAGAUUUCCAGGACUGGGUCAAAGCCAGCAGACAGAUCAACGAGUGUGUCAAGAACAAGACCCAAGGGAAAAUUGUGGACUUGUUCCUGGAGACGGAGAGCCCAGCUACUCUAGUCCUGGUCAACUACAUCUUCUUAAAAGGCACGUGGGAGCAUCCCUUCGAUCCGGAAAGUACGUCGGAGGAGGACUUCUACGUGAGCGGGACGAGCACGGUGAAGGUGCCCAUGAUGUUCCAGUCGAGAGUCAUAGCGUACCUUCAUGACUCGGAGCUACCCUGCAGGCUGGUCCAGCUGGACUACACAAGCAAUAGGACCGUCUUCUUCAUCCUCCCAGACGAGGGAGAGAUGGACACGGUCAUUGCAGGGCUCACCAGGGACACCAUUCAGAGGUGGUCCUCAGCUCUGAGCUUGGGCCUGGUGGACCUGCACAUCCCCAGGAUCUCAAUUUCUGCAACGUACGACCUCAAGGACACACUGGUACACAUGGGAAUAGUGGAUCUCUUUACCAGCCAGGCGAAUUUCUCAGGCAUCUCUCAAGAGUCCCAGCUGAAGGUGCCAAAGGUGGUCCACAAGGCUGUGCUGCACCUGGACGAGACUGGCACAAAGCCUGCCACCACCCCUGGGGGUGCUCCAAACCUGAGGGCCUUGUUGGCCAAACCUCCCAUCAUCAAAUUCAACCGGCCCUUUGUCAUCGCCAUCUUCGAUGACAUGACGUGGAGCAGCGUUUUCCUGGGCAAAGUUGUGAACCCCACCUGA